UAAUCAUUCCCUACCGAUAACCUGUGGCAUUGGUGACAGGUUCCUGUUUGCAUUGGAAGUGAGGUGCUGAGACACAAGGUUGCUAAGAGCUGUCAGAUGACACUUGCUCACAUGAGCCCAUUAGGAGGGUGUUGCAGCCAGUUUUAAAACAAGUUUGCAACUAGGGAGUCAGUGAGAAAGCAACCUCUCUCUCUAUAUCCAAGGCCAUCUGGUUAGGUCUUGUGAUCAAAUAAUUGCUAGCUACAGAAGCAUACCAGGAAGCAAGAUAGUCAUAGCUCUUGCUAGCUACUGCAUCUGACAGCGAAUUGGUUGGAUUACUAGGAUAUACAAGUUGUGCUUAUUUCUUUUUUUGAAAUUAAAUUAUGUAGUGCAUUGUGAGCCUUUGGAAUAGAGAAUAUUUACAAGCAUGAUGCAGCAAGGACCACUCCUUUAAAGAAAGAAGACGACAAUGAAGAAGAAAAAUACCCAAAUGAAUGCUAUUCAAUUCUUGGUUGAAUUUCCCCCCAGUGAGAAAGUUUAUAACCAAUAGAUACUAAACUGUAAUGAAGGACCCUAGGUAGAUCACUCUUCAAUACACACUAGCUACUUCAAAGAAGUGAUGAAAGUGUGUUUGUGUAAAAGAGAGAGGGAAUACCUGUGAGCUCAACAUGUGUGGAGGCCCGCCAAAGACGUCGAACAGCACAGGGGACCAGACUGAAAAAGGAAGAGAGAUUCGUGGUUCCUCUACCGCACUGGAGAACAGCUUUUCAAAGGCAAGGUUGAAUAAGGCUAAGAAACCACUUGUGGUGGGAAAGAGUUCCAAUUAUUCAAAGGGAGUAUCUGGAAAGCUAUCAAAAAGCUGGUCCUCUUCAGGGUUUGACCUAAAUGAAAUUCGCUUGAUAGUCUAUCAAGAUUGUGAGAGGCGGGGCAGACAGGUCUUGUUUGACUCCACAGCAGUCCACAAAAUUGAUGAGACAACAGUUCAGGAUGCUUCUGGGAAGACUUGGGGCAAGGGCUGCCAAACAACUGGUGGAGCCAGUGCAGCUUCUCCCUGUAGUUCUUCAAUGGACAGUAGGCAGAACGUCAGUGAAGACAUUCCUAAGUAUCAGUACACCAGGCCAGCUUCUGAUGUCAACAUGUUGGGAGAGAUGAUGUUCGGUUCAGUAGCAAUGAGUUACAAAGGCUCUACACUGAAGAUCCACUAUAUACGCUCUCCUCCGCAGCUUAUGAUGAGCAAAGUUUUCUCUGCCAGAGUAGGCAGCUUCUGUGGAAGUGCAAAUAGCUUGCAAGGUAGCUUUGAAUACAUGAAUCAAGAACCCAAUUUAGCAAGACUGAACUCUAAUCCAAAUAGUUUGGGCCCCUGCCACAGUGGAAGUAACCUGGGUGUAUUGCAGCUGUGUAGCAACAAACUGCUGCAUGGUGUGGCUGAAGGGGGGCCUCUCUGGCUCACCCGGAGUGCUUCCUUCUUUGCAGCGCACAGCACACCUGUUGACAUGCCUAGCAGGGGGCAGAAUGAAGACAGAGACAGUGGCAUCGCUCGAUCAGCUUCUUUAAGCAGCCUCUUGAUGACUCCUUUGCUGUCGCCAAGCUCUUCUAGCAGCUACCAUCGCCGCUGGAUACGAAGUCAAAGAACAAGUUUGGAAAACGGCAUUAUUCCUAGGUGGUCAACUGAAGAAACUUUCAGCAUGGCAGAUGAAAGCUGUGGCCUCAAUCCUGCAAUGGUUCGAAGGAAGAAAAUUGCCAUCAGUGUCAUUUUCACCCUCCCGGAAAAAGAAGAGGCCCAGAGGGAAUUCCAGGAUUUCUUCUUCUCUCACUUCCCCUUAUUUGAAUCACACAUGAGCAAGCUGAAGAGCGCCAUUGAAAUGGCCAUGAUCACCUGCAGAAAAAUAGCAGAAACAAGCCAAAGAGUGCAAGUGUACAUCAGCCGUGUCAUGGAUGCCCUGGGUGAAUUCAGAAUUACAAUCUGGAACUUGUAUUCAGUUCCAAGGAUUGCAGAGCCUGUAUGGCUAACCAUGAUGUCCGGCGCUUCUGAAAAGAAUCAGUUGUGCCAACACUUUCUCAAGGAAUUCACCAUCUUGAUAGAACAGACCAGCAAAAACCAGUUCUUAGCGGCUCUCUUGACGGCCGUGCUGACCUAUCACCUGGCUUGGGUCCCCACAGUGAUGCCAAUUGACCACCUUCCCAUCAGGGCCUCCUCUGAGAAACGUGCCUCUCAGUCUGUGAACAUGCUGGCAAAAUCUCACCCUUACAAUCCGCUCUGGGCACAGCUUGGUGACUUGUAUGGUGCUAUAGGCUCACCUGUCAGGAUGACGAGGACUGUAAUUGUUGGGAAGCGUAAAGAUUUGGUUCAACGCAUCCUCUACAUUCUUACGUAUUUCUUACGGUGCUCUGAGCUGCAGGAGAAUCACCUGACCCGGAGUGGGCAAGUUGGCAGAGGAGAGCAAGCCCUGAUUGGCGGCAAGAUCUCAACAACUCUGGAAAAGGGAGAAGUUGAGGAUUCUGAUUAUGUAGUAGUCACUGUUAGAAACGAACCUGCUCUCAUAUCUCCCAGUUUGCCCCGGAGAACCGGGAGCGCUGCUGCUGUGGGAGAGAGCUGCUUUGAACCUGCCUGCUUGAAGCGGGAGCAUGAAGGAAUAAAUGCUGGACAGAGUUCUGAACUGCCCUCUUGCUUGCCCAAAGCUGGCUCCUCCAAAGGACUUGUGGAGGAAGCUCAAAAGGGGAAAACGGUGGCUGGUUCAGAAGGUGUAUCCAGGGGGUGUGCAAAAUUAGAGGAUUUAACAACAGGAAUGAAGGACAACAACCAGUGUAACGCAGCAGGACAGCUGUUUUGCAGUGAAAGGGCUAGCCAGAGGUACCCUCAGUUGGAAAGAGUUACCUUCCAAAUUGGAAGCUCCCCGUCACCCGUAUCUGAUUUAGAACCCACCCAGAAGGAUCUGGAUGAAACUGUAGGGAUGCCGAGGAGCAAAAGCAAAUCUCUGUGUUUCCUGUCAAGUCCAGUACAUGCAACUGCCCAAGUCCAGCAGGAGAAAUCUUACUUCUGUCUUAAACCACGUGCUAGGCAGAAAGCUUGUAAAACGCGACUACCAAGUGCGCUUCGGUUGUCAUGCCAUCCACCUGUCCCUUCUGAGAGCAAAGUCAAAACUGCAAAGCCAGGAACACUGGGGGAAGCUGAAAGCACACACUUUGAAAACUUGGAAAGGGUUUCUCAUGACUGUGAUUCAGGAAGUCCCGCUGAUGUGCAGAGAUCUGGCCAGGCCGUUACGGAGGAUGUCCCCUGUGGGGAUGCUGGAAGCAAACACCCUUUCAGGGUGGAAGAGAACAUGCCUAGAAAUGAGAGCUCUGACAGUGCCCUGGGAGAGAGCGACGAUGAAGGUAGCGCACAUAUUCCAGAUGGGCAAUCUCUGAGCUCUGUCAACAGUAGAACAGAAGAACUUUCCGAAGUAGAACUUGCUUUGCCAAGAUCCAACACAAUCAGCAAUCAAAGCGUAAAGCAUUUUGGAAGGUCCCUUCUCGGUGGCUAUUGUGCCUCCUAUAUGCCUGACCUGGUGUUGCAUGGAAUCAGUAACGAUGAGCAGCUCAAGCAAUGCCUAUCAGCUGAAUUGAGUCAUGCAGUGAAUCAUCCAGUACUAGAUGAGCCCAUAGCAGAAGCUGUUUGCAUUAUUGCAGAUACAGAUAAAUGGACAGUACAGGUGGCCACAAGCCAAAGAAAGAUAACCGACAGCAUGAAGUUGGGCAAGGAUGUCCUGGUCUCCAGCCAAGUGUCGUCUUUGUUACAAUCCAUUUUACAGCUUUACAAACUUAACCUUCCUGCUGACUUUUGCAUUAUGCAUCUUGAGGAUCGGCUACAGGAAAUGUACCUCAAAAGCACGAUGCUGUCUAAAUAUUUGCGAGGCCAAACGAGAGUCCAUGUGAAAGAACUUGGAGUAGUAUUGGGGAUUGAAUCCAACGAUUUGCCGCUGUUGGCUGCUAUAGCGAGUACUCAUUCUCCGUAUGUUGCUCAGAUACUCCUCUAAGCUGAAAACUUGAAGUCACAACUCCCUAGCAAAGUAAAGCAGAUGGGAUGCGCAGAAGAGAGCAAAUAUGAAGAGAUGGGGGAACAGUGGACGACAGGUGACAGUUCAUUCUGUCACUUUUCCUCUUCUGCAUUUUGUUGGGACGCUUACCAGCGGAAUUUCAGUUUACAUAAUAUAAAAGACAUUCAGGGUUUUUAUACUGUUUUUGGAGUAAACUAAUCAAGAAUGCAUCCUUGUAUUUUAAUGGACAAAAGAAUUAAACACUAUUGGUGGAUUCCCUACUUAUACAUAGUUUUCAGCCAAACAAAAAAUCAACAACUCUGAGUAUGGUUUCCGUACUAUUGUUGUCUUGUUCUGAUUUCCCACCACCCAAAUGGGGAGCAGUAAGCAAAUCUGUAUGCACAGAAGCAUUCCUGUGUUUGGAUGGACAAGGUGAUGAAUUGGAGUACGUAUGCAUGCCCAUUCUCUUUUGUUAGCUCAUCAAACCUCCAUGGAACAAGAAGUUGGAAGUCAGCUACCACAAUCUUGUUGUGUGGCUGAUUGGCUCUUAAAAUGGACAAAGCAGCAUGAGAGCGGAAGUGUUGUUUUUGGUUGUUCUUGGCGGAGACGGAAGUUUUGGAUCCUGCAUCACAGCUAGAUGAAAAUGGGAGAAAGUAGCAGUAAUCUCCACUGCAAACUUACCUUGUUGCAAAUGCCACAUCUUGAAUUUCCAGUUUUCUGGUCUUACAGGUUGAGCAUCCUAACAUAUGUACAACCAGCUCAAAAAAGCUCGUGUUUGAACCUUAAGAACCGAUAUGAUAAUGGACAUAGGUUUGUAUCAAUCCUAGUCCUGCUUGGAUUAGAAACACUGAAAUGAAUGAAACUGUGUUCAUUUCACUGAGUCUACUUUGUGUAGGACUAGCAUUAAAAGCACCCAUUAGCAUCAACUCUGGGUAGCUGGUUUUAAAACAUAAACUCUUAUCUGUUGCCCCGUGAAUAAGAGAUCUCUCUUCAGCACACUGCAGAAGCAGGAUCAACUUCUUUAAGUGGACGGAUGAAACACACAGAAGAAAUCUCAGAGAGGAUAUCGCGAGGGGAAGGUGGUCAUGAUAACAGUGACAGCAAUUCAUUAUGAUAAUUCUCAAGUGUCUGAAGCGAUCCCACAGAACGUUUUGCACUAGCCUCUUGGUGCCUUCCUCUCUUGUAUGUCUUAAUUCUAAAAAAGAAAUGUAUGUGGGUUUAAAUGGGAAGUUAGUAACAUGAGCUCUCUUUCAAUUUUCUAUGUUGCUAUACAACUGUACACAUAGGACCAUAUUCGUCUUGGUUUCAAACCCUAUACCCAGGGCUUUUUUAGAAGGUUCAGUAUAAAUCUUGUGACUUCAUUUUAACUUCCAAGUUCUGCAGGUGACUGUGUGAAAUUAGAGCAAGAAAGCAAAAACUACUUACAAUUUUUUUGAAAGACUCCCGGUUGGCACAUUGUGCAAUCUCCCAUGUUGGACUGAAAGUGCUAAAUGGAAGUAGAAAGAAGUUUUGUCAUAUUUGGCUACUGACCCAAGCAGUGUUGGCAAUUGGAUGCAAUGUUUGUCCAAAUACCGAUUUAAUAAUUUUCUUUUUCUGGGGCUUGUCAGAUUUUCCAUUUUGUCUCAUUGCUUAUUCAUCCCUGCCAAUACUUUCAUGACAACACUUAAUCAUAUGGUCAUUCCUGUUUUAGAAGCUAGUAGUUAUCCAUAGCAGCAUUAUUCUAUUCCCUGCCUUUCUUUCUAUUGCAAAUUAGCUCAAAAAAUCAAUUUUCCUCUGAAACCUUCCCUUCCAAAUGAAUGAAGCCCAGUUUUUGACAGAGAAGACCACAAAGGCAAGGGUUAAAGAUACCCUUCUUGUACUUAAAUUAUGGUCAAGGGAUCAAAUUAAUUAACAACCCUUGCUUUUAUCUCAGAAUAAAAUCAUAAUAUACUUUUUUCCCCUUUAAAAGAACCAUGCAGAUCUUUAACAACUGUAUCAUUUUAGAAAAAGUAGCUUCAUUCUAUAUUUAAGAAAAUAUAAUGUGUUUUAUCCUUCCGUUUUUAAAAGAACUACCUCAGUUGACAGAAUUAAGCUGCCAGUAGGGGGCAACUUAAAAGUUGUACAUGUCAUGAAUUUUCUGAAAGAUUGUGCUGUAGCAUUUGAGAGGGCAAAAACUGCACUGGUGAUGCACUGCAAUGGCUACCCUUUUAUCAUAAGCAUGCUUUAGUUCUCAUAUUUUAAAUAGUUUUUAAAGUAAUGUGAAUGUACCUGAGAAACACUGAAAGUGGCAAUGAGAAAGGAAUCUUGUCUGAAAUCUUCAAGAUUCCAAAACUUUUUAUUUUUCAUGCUGUAUUAAUAUUAUUCUGCUGUCCUCCCCUCCAAACAUGUCUACUUCUUUGUUUCCUAAGCAGGAGCAAACUUCUUCCGAUUCAUAUGGACCAUAUUUUAAGUGUAGCAAGCUUAUAUAAUAAAGCAUGUUACCUGGAACAGAUGAAGUAACAUAUACUGUACUAGGAGAAGGGGAUGUGUGUGUGUGUGUUGCUGCAAGUGUGUGUUCAGAGAGAGAAAAGCAAAUAGUGUUUGGGUUUUUUUUAUUGACUGGAUUCUAAUGUCAAACUGUGGAAACUUCUUAAUUUGGGCUGUAAUUGUACAGUAUCAUUUGUCAAUUUCUUUGUGGCAUUGGUGCAAUAAAUUGUAGAAAACCACUUCAUUAGUGGAUUGCAUAAA